UCAGAAAAUAUUUGCAGCUCUGUUUCAAUCCUACGAUCUGAUUUGAACGUAUUCGUGUACCAUCCAUAGCGUUUUCGGAAAAUGCUUUGAUUGUUUUCUCAGUAACUAUGGAUUAUCUGAAGAUUUCAAGCAUCCAAUCUGCAAUAAACCAGUUCAGUUUCAAACAAUCCCACAAAGUGAUCAAGUUUUUACUCUCAGUCUCAGUGUUUUCGGUCUUACUCUCCUACUCUUCUUUGAUCCCUUUUUCUCUCCACUCUUUCAAUUCCUUCACAUCUUCUGUAAAUUUUUUCAGCUACACUUUUGAUAAGAAAUACGUGUUUUUGCUUUGCAAUGGACUUCUGGUGUUCAUUGUGAAGAACUCUGGUCUCGCUGGAACUUCUCCACGGGAGAGCUCUAAUCUCAACAAUAAUGAUCAUGUUCCCAAGAGCAUCGAAUCCGGGCGAAAAGCAGCUGAAUUGGAAGAAACUAAGGUAACAGAAGCACCACAAGCUAAGGAAGAAGUUAGCAACGGUCGAAAUGGAACAAACGAAAGUAAGAGAAGAUGAAAUAUGGUCUCAGAGGAAGAAGAGAAAAGGGUUUUGAUUACAGUGGAGGAAGAAGAUGAAUGCUGCAGAAACAAUUUUGCUCUGGACGAUCAUGAUAUGUAUGAAGAGGAAGGGAUUGAAGUGCUGAGUGCGGAGGAGUUGAACAAGAAGUGUGAUGAUUUUAUUAGGAGAAUGAAAGAAGGAAUUAGACUUGAAGCCCAACAACAGCCAAUCACGUUUUGAUAUUGUCAGUGAGAAUAAAAGAACUAACAACCUAGUUUUGUUAAUUCUAAAAGACUACUUUCUUUGUGACUCGAUGGAUUUUUUUGCUGUUGUUUCUUCUGUACUAUUGUUUGAAUUGUGUAUAAAUACCAUCCAAUAAUCUAUUUUACCCUCAUAUGAAUCAAUGAUG